GAGCUACUAAAAAAUUAGAUCAACCAAUAUUGAAUUUAAGUUAACGAAGUCGUGAGUCUCAAAAUUGGUUGAUAAGUGCAAAAAGUAAAAACUUUGACAACCCUGAUCACAUGAUGGAGACGGCAGAGUUGCCAGAGGAAACUCCUUUGAGGACACAAUUCACCGUCGACGAUUUAGAUAUUGAAAUAUUACCGCUUAUUUAUGAGAUCAUUCGUAGCGUUGAAAAAGAUCCACAUGAUACUACGCAAAAAGCCAAGGAAUCACAGGAUACCAGUCACAAGAUUUUAGAAUUGCAGAAGAAAUUGGAUUCUGCGAGAUCACAGAUUAAAAGAUUGCCAGGGAUAGAGUACAGUAAAGAAGAACAGUUACAAAAGCUAGAAACAUUGCGCAAACAACUGAGAUUGAAACGCGAGCUUCUAUUGAAGUAUCGUAAUACGUGCACAUUUGAAAUACCCAAAGUAUAACCAGAUGUGUUCGCCCUUCGUUACAUAAUAACUGCAGUUAUAUAUUUCAUCAGCAUGCGUUUCAUAAGAGCUCUCUUCCACUACUUAUUAAACA